AUGAAGUUUUCAAAUAUAAUACCAACUUUGAUACUACUUUGUUCUCAACUAGUUUAUUGUAUAAAUUUUAAUGAUUAUAAUUAUAUAUUGGAAGAAAUUGCGGCAUUGGAAGAUCCAACAUCAGUAAACAUAGAUAAAAGAGAUAAUUCAACGGAUAAUGCAAUAAUACAACAAUAUACUCAAAUAUUUCAACAAGUUGGAGCUUCAGAAUUAAUACCCGAUUUAUUAGAAUCAAUAGCUAAUGAUUCAAAUCAAGUUAAUAAUUUAGUUGGAUAUCUUAAUUAUAUAUUAAAUUCUUCAUCAUCAAAUAAUGGUACAUUAAAUUUAUCACAAUUAAAUAUAAAUUUAAACAUUUCAGAAAUAAUGAAUGAUAUAAUGAAUUCAGGAAUUAUACAAUCAACAUUAGAUGGAUUAUUAGUUAAAAAUGAAACAAAUAAUGAAAAAUUGGCAGAUUUUGUUGGAUCAAUAUUAAGUUCACCAGAAUAUUGUUGGAUUGGUUGGUUAUUAUAUGGUCUUGGAGAUGGUCAUGCUUUAACUGUUCCCUGGAUUGCUGAUUUAAUUGUAAAUACCACUUCAAAAGCAAAUACAAACGAUACAAAUAGAUCAGAAAUUAAUGUACCUCCAUUACCUCCUUUGGUGAAUACAACAGAUAAUGGAACCAAUAGGGAUAUAAUAAUUAAUCACAACAAUGAUAUCUAUAUUGACUUAAGAUCAAAACAUAAAAAGAGAGCAGAUAAUAAUACAGAUCAAUAUCAAGGUUCGUUUAAUACAUUUUUGAACAAUGCUAUCAACACAAUAGUAAAUUCAAAUUUAGUUAAAUCAAAUAUAAAUGAUAUAAUUAUAGCAUUAAAUAAUUCAGGUAUAAUAACUCCAUUGGUUAUGGAAAUUAUAUCAAAACCAGGAUUAUCAAAUUUAACAAAUCCAAUAGUUAAAUCAUUAUAUGAUUCAGGUUUGUUGAAUAGAUAUGUUAAUUUAAAUUUUUGGUUUAUUUAUGCUAAGGAAAGACACAUAUUGGCUGAUUUCUUACAAUAUGUAUUAACAGAUCCUUAUUAUUCCCCACCAAUUGCAAGAUUAUUAAGAAGAAUGGAAUCAACUGGUACUUUUCAAUAUUUACAAGAUAAUAUGUAUGGACCACACAAAAGAAAUUAA